AAUGUGCAUGCUCUUCCUCCAUAUUGCUCAUGCUCUCUCCUUCCACUUGCCUCUGCGUAGACCCUUUGGGCCUUUUUCAGGGAUUUUGUUGCGCAGGUCCAAAAGAUCCUGAUAGGGGCCUUCACACCAGGUGCGCAUGCACAAACUGGGGGUGGGGCGCGAAAUGGCCUACCCUUAAGUUCAGUGCGCAUGUUCAGACUCUUCCUCGAGCUCCUUGGCAGUUGGGAAACCGGUGUAAGCUGCAGACGAACAGACAAGAUGCUGUUGUUGAUGCUGGCGGCGGUGGCCUCUGUGAGCAGAGCUCAGCAAGCGUGCCAGUAUCUGCCUUAACACCUACUCAGGCCUCCACUGUGGCGGCAACCACCACACACAUCUGCUCACAGCUGCACUCUAGCAGCUGCACCACCUGUGUUCCCUGUCAGACCGCAGUCAGCCUCACACAGCGCCAUCAUUGUCAGCAGAUUUGGCACCACAUGGUGAGGACGGGGAAGCUGUUUGGUUCCAGACCGCUAGCUAGUGGGGACAAGCUAUCCUAUGCCUCCGUCAGCACACACGUGCUCAGGAACUUCUGCCAGAGUAACAUUGCCCUGUACCUUGGGAGGCAUAUUUUCAUGACGAUGGACAACUUUGAGAACAGCCUCCCGCCACUCAUCUUUCCCAAGAACUUUUCGGUGGGAAUACCAUCGGUCACAAGCGCUUUCUUUGCUCCUGGUUCAAUAAUAUUGUUCGUGGUGAAUAGAAGAGUCUACAUUUACAAUUAUCUUACAGACAAGUGGAGUAAUGCUCAAGGUGUAAAAACUCCUGUCUCACACAUUAGUGGUGACAGUUGUUGUUUUAGUAACCGAUUUUGCGUGGAAUUAGCUAAAAGUAUUUUUGUGUAUCUCCGUGGCGACGUGCUGCCUGGGACCAAAAUAUACUUCUCUGACAAUGGAGGAUUCUCGUUCCAGGACCUGGACAGAAACAGUCUGAAUAGUUUCACGGGAACAUUAGGAGGCAUAUUCUACUUUCAUUCCAUCUCCCAGGUGGGGAUACUCGUGGUCGAAGGAGGAUUGGGUACAUUUCACUACCUGGAGCACCCCCUGAACCACAGUGCAGGGAUACCUUUUACGUACAAUGAACCUCUUGACGUCAUCAUCAAGCCAGGCCAGAGGGGUUUUCUGAUCCUCUAUGGUCAGUCAAGUCUCUUGGUGUCCCCCAAUGCAGGCCAGAUCAUGCAGACCGUAGAGCUGUGGGAAGGGAAGAGACGUCUUCUCUCCGAUAUCUCCUCCACUGGCUUCGCCAUCCACAGUGUUGCCUCGAAUAUUUUCGAGUUGGCUGUGCUCACACGGAACAAUAAUUUGUACUACGGAAGUCAGAGUUACCUGCAAACCCCCGUAAUCCAACUGCCGAAUCCGCCUCACUGGAAUGACCAAACAAGCAUCUCCUUUACGGACACUGGCAUGCUGGAGUUCCUCACGCCAGCGUAUAACCCAAAGCUUCUAGUGUUUGACUUUGAGAAGUGCACUGUGAACGUGCAAGCCGUUCUCAUGGAUCCCAAAUUGGAAAUUGAACCGUGUAAUGUGGAGGUUAUGGAAAGCACCAUGGUAAAUAAAGUGUUCACAAUAGACAUGAACACCAAGCUGGAUCUGUCCGCCCUCAUAAUACCCCGGCGGAGAAAGACCCCCAUACCACUGGUGAUGGUCAGCAACCCUCACUCCCUGGGGUUCGAGGCAUUCAUCUCCGAAUUUGGCAACACGCUCGACGGCAACAUUAAGCACAAACUGGAAAUAAAACUCCAACAGCAGCACCACUGGAAAAACGCAGACCAUAACUUCACCUCCAGCAUCAAGCAGCACAGCAUCUCCUCCCUGACUGUGGACAUAGCUGACAAGACAAUGGCGUGUGUGGACCUGAAGCCUCUGACCACACUCAUUUCAAUUGGCUGUGACCAGACCAAGAAGAUUAUUGUGCAGAACAAAAUCUCCGCUUGUUCCAUGGGAAUCCUCGACCCGGUGGUACUGCAGAAAAACUACACUUACACCAUUGAGAAGGAAGCGUACAAACCAGUGAGCCACAAGGCGGAGGCCCAGGGUAACCUGCACGUGUACUACCAGUACAAGGACCUGGGCUGCCCUCGCCUGGUCUACUACGACAAGCCAUGGAAGCCCGUGGUGGAACUGUGGAAGGACGGGGUUCUAGAAGAAAUCAUGAAUGCUGAGUACGUGCUCCGUGAGAUCAACGGGAUAAUUACCUAUUCAUACUCCCUGACGGCCGCCACUGCCAACUGCCGGUCACAGCCUCAGAACUGGAGCACCGUUCAGGCAGAGUUGGACAAGGGUGCAGAUCGUACAACCCUCUGGAACAGAGAGAACUAUGUCAGCUGCCACGAUGACAAGGACGGCAAGCCCCUGCUGUGGCCGGAGGUCGAGUAUCAGGUCUUAGGUGGCCGGACAGACAAUAAGGUUAUUUUUGGUCAAAGAAAUGGAAUCUACACCUUUUUUCUCUCUGUGGUGGAUCCAUACUACAGCUACUGCAGUCUAAACACCGUAUUCAGCGUGUACGUGUAUGGGGCCUUACCCAUGGUGAUGUUCCCGCCGGUGCUCAGCAUCGUGGUGCUGGUGGUUACAAUGCUGCUGAGCAUAUGGCUAGCCUACGCCAUCCCCAAGGAGCUGAACACUGAGAAGGGCCAGCGCUGCAAGAACUUCUGCUCCUGGCUGUUCCUUAGCUGCCUUAAGAUCUGCAACUGUUUCUGGCUGUGGGGCAGACUGAGACGGUGCCUGCGCUCCAGGAAGGUGAAGGACCAGCCAGGGGGACUCCCAAGCCAGGUACACUAAGAGGCAAAACAGACAGACUUUGAGAGACAGCAAACACAUAGGGGCUGCCGGGAGGAACCUCUGACCUCAAUGUAUGUACACAUUGUCUCCUGUCCCAAUAAACUGUUAACAAUAGUGA